AUGGCCGCCCUCCUGAAUUUCUGGAACUCGCCCACCAAGCAGUCUUCCAAGAGAUCCUCCGUCAAUGGCACUCCCGCGGACGCGAGAGGCACCAAGCGCAAAGCGAAACCCGAUCCCUACGACGCCAUGGAUGACGAUGAUGACGAUAUCAUCCCGGCCCGAAAGACGCCCACCUCACAGCGCACCGCGCGGUCGCGUCUCUCAUCCGCGACUCCCGGUUCAAGCUCAAGAUCUCGUCCCUCACUCCCCAGCAGUGGCAAGCGACCCCGUGGCCGGCCAUCGCUGAAGUCACAACAGGCCGCCGCUACCGUUGUCGUCGACACAGUGACAGCAUCAAAAACUAUUGUAGAACCAGACUCCACUCACGCCAAAGCCUCUCAAGUUGCCCCUGCGCAGCCAGACUCCCUCGUACCCGAGGCCCCCAUGGGCGGUUUAGAACUUCUUGGCAAUCACGUCUCUAGCGCAUUGCCAUCUUCAGCGCCAAAGUCGCAACCUGAAACAGCGAAAGAAUCUGCCGCCCAGGAGAAAGGGAAAGCAAAAUCAACUGAGACGCGACAACAGCCAUCCCGAAAGUCGCAAGCUGAGAGGAAACAACAGGAAAGGGUUGUAGAACAAGAACAAGAACAAGAUGAUAAUGAAGAUAGACGCGAGGAGCACGAGAUCCACAGACUUAUCAAACAUAGAAUGGUGGCCGAUCGCAGCGGUACCGUCGAACUACUAGUCCAUUGGGAGGGUGAAGGCGAGCAAGACGCGACGUGGGAAACCGAAGAAGAGAUCCAGCAAGGCGCCGAAGAGACACUAUACGAGUACUGGCGCUCUCAAGGCGGGCGCAUCAGCGCGCUCUUUCACAAGCCCAAAAACCCACCUCCCGAGAUAUACCAUGUCUUCAAACUUCUGCGACACGAGAAGAAGAACCUCGGCGGCUUCCAGUUCGAGGUGCAGUGGGUCGGACACUCGGCCGAGCGCGCCGACACAACCAUGGAGGCCGAGUCCAAGGUCAAGAAGGCCGCGCCUGAGCUGCUUGACGCGUACUGGGAGAGCGUCGGCGGGCGCGCGAAGCACCUUGCGCCGCGCGGCAGGGCUAAGAGAGUUCGGACUGCUGAAUAA